UCACCCCUUGGCCUCUGCAUAUUUUUCCUUUGUUUAAGCACCUAAAUCUUCUUCCUUCUUCCUCCUUUCUUUCCGCCAUUGAUGCUCACAAGCCCUCUUAACUAUAGCAUGCUUGGAUGCCAAGAGACGGAGGAAAUUGGGGAGUAUAACGAGAUAGGGAAGAAAAUAAAGAGAGAGGUCAUCAUCACCAAAACGACGGGGGGGCAUGCCGUUUUGUCUUCCGACGGGGAAGGAGGAGUGAUGGGGAGGAGACAUGUGGCGCCGACGGUCGGAACGAUGCUCAACACCGUCACGCCGUGCGCCGCCUGCAAGUUGCUCCGCCGCCGUUGUGCGGAGGAGUGUCCUUUCUCUCCUUACUUCUCCCCUCGCGAACCCCACAAGUUCGCUGCCGUUCACAAGGUCUUCGGCGCAAGCAACGUCUCCAAGCUUCUCUUGGAAGUGCCAGAGAGCCAGAGAGCGGACGCGGCGAACAGUCUGGUCUACGAGGCGAACCUAAGGCUAAGAGAUCCAGUGUACGGAUGCAUGGGAGCGAUCUCAGCCCUUCAGCACCAGAUUCAAUCCCUCCAGGCCGAGCUCGCCGCCGUCCGUACCGAGCUGAUUCAAAAGCAAGAACUCAGAAUCAUCUCUCUUCGUCGUUAUCUCGGUCCCCAACGGGAUUCUCGUGACCUCUCCGGUUAGACAGUAGAGCAAAUAGGUUUUGUAGAGAUCGGUCUUGUCCCUGUUAGGAAGGUCAUCUCUAAGGGUUAUCUCAGUCUGGCCGGGUUUAACCAUCUUCUCAGCGAGUGCAUUGUCGGCCGCCUCCUUGUCGGAGGAUUCUCCCUUAAUAUCAGCCACCAGUUCGGUAACAACAAGCGUGUUGAAAGCUAUCAUCUUCUUGAGCUCUUUUGCUGCCUCUGUCCGGUUCUCUGCACAGCCGAACCGCCACUGCCCCCGCCUCCUCCUCCGAGGACGCCGCCGCUGGCGUUGCCUUCGCCGUCGGUGGUGGUUUCGUCGUCGUCGUCCUCAUCUAAUUCGAACUCAUCCGCCACGGCUUCCAUGUACAAUCCGCCGUCGUCUUCCGCGGCCGCGGGCUACAGCAACUCCAUGUCUAGCGACAACAAUGUUCAUUACUUCGAUUGAUCGUCGUUCCUUUUAUUUGGUGGGUCAUCUCUUUCCGUCUCUCUCUCUCGUUUUUUUUUUUUUGAAGAGUUAUAUUAUAUUGUUUUUUUUAAACUUUAUUUCAUAGGAUAUCGUACGUUAGCCCUAGCUAGACGUGUGGAAUAACGAAGUUGGAAAUUAAUGUUUGAUUUGUAUGGUUCUUGGACCUCUUGAUUACACUUCGUAAUAAAUGCGUUAGGUCCA